UACUGGAACGACAGACGGUUGCUUUUGCGUCGAUCUCAAUAAUUGCAUCAUUACGCGAAGAAAAAUCUUGUUAAGAAUAUUUGUCAUUGAGUUUUAAGUAAAAUGUGAUCAAAGAUUUGAAAGUUCAUUUUAUUUUGAAAGAACGAUUUAUUAAAAUGCGUGUGCUUCUCGAAGUUAAGUGACGUAAUGUGUUUUUGUUUUUUCAUCCUAAUAAUUCAGUUUUCAUUCUACUAAUUUUCAGUAAUGAGUUUUUAAUAUUGAUCAGUAUUUAAGUGAUUUUUCUCAAACUAAUAUAUAUUUUAUAUAUAAAAUUAAAAGUUUAAUAGAGACUUCAAAAUGCUUCAAAUAGAGGAUUUACCAUGUAUGACAUCAUUGUCACCCGGCAACGAUGUAAUGGAUUUGAAAUCAACGCAGCUUAUGAAUCAGGAUAUGGAUUUAAUCGAAGUGCUUUGGAAGCAAGACGUGGAUUUGGGAUUCACUUUGGUGGAACCGACGACUACGACGACGAAGAAGGUGUCUGCGAUCGAAAAGGGAACCGACGACGAGAUCGAAAAAUUGAAAGCUUUAGAGGCGAUCAAUGGAAGCAACGAAGAGAAGGAUACAAAGGAUACGUACGACGAAGCGCAAGAUAAUCCAUGGGCAGGCCUUCCUUACACCAUUGAUCUCGAGACCGGCGAAUAUAUUCUCAACUCUGGAAAUCAAGAGGAAAACGGAAACAACGCGAUCGAAGAGGAGGAGGAUCGGCUGCUUAGAGAAGCGUCGCUAGAUUUAGACAAUCACCCGUUGGCUGGAUUAACCGAUGAUUCUUUGGGAUUAACCGACACUUUAGAACUCGAGAAUGAUCUUCCUUCGGACUUACUCGGAGGUAGUCUCUUAGCAAGCGCAAACGUCGAAAGUCUUCUCAACAACGAUAGUUUGGAUCUUCCCGACGGAUUCAAUCUCGAGGAGGCACUCCAACUCGUUGGCCUCGAUGAGGCGCAAUCAGAGGAAACGAAACCGGAAGUGAAGAAGAAGGAAAAAGAUAGCAUCGAAGAAUCGAGGAGUGCAAAGGACGACGAGUCGCCGAUUAUAAGCAGCUCGAGCAGCGUCGAGGUCGCGAAGUCGUCGAGGUGCGAGGAUCCCGAGACCGGCGACAUGAUUCACACACCGCAAUUUCAUCAUCCCCAUCAUCCUCACCAUCGUUCCUUCCAGGGUCGCAUGCCAUUCAUGCGUGCAAUGAGCAUGGAACAACGGUGGCAAGAUCUAGCAUCUCUUUUAUCGCUACCUGGUGCACCAGAACAUUUUCCACAUACUCAUCCUGGAUACCCAGGGCACGGUAUAAGCCACAGUCAUUAUGAAGCACAACGUAACGUGUUGCUUCACAAUGCCACUCUGGCUCCACCGGUGGGUGAUCUUAAUUCGACGAGCCCUUACCACAAUGUAGGUGGAUCAUCAAAUUUGGGCUCGGCUGUAGCAACGUCGAUGAAUUUAACGAACAGUAGCGAACCGAUGGGUGCGGAGAGUGGAGCAGCUUAUAAAUCCGAGCCGGCAGAUAUGAUGUAUUAUCAUACACCAACUUCCGAUUCGAUAAAUCAAACUACCGAUGGUUUUCUUUCGUCUCUUCUUAACGAUGAGGAUUUACAUUUGAUGGAUAUGGCUAUGAAUGACGGCAUGUACACCAUGCGCAUGCUAGAUAAUGGUAAUAACGCUUCUGGACCAACGGGAGCAGCAGCCUUGUCAGGAGUUCAGACAGCUGGUGGUACAACCACUUCGGCAACAGGCGUUACGACACUUCCGGGUGUAACGGAUGAAAGAAUGGACGCAUCGAGCGAUAGUGCUGUCAGCAGUAUGGGCAGCGAACGGGUACCAUCCCUUUCGGAUGGCGAAUGGAUGGAAACUGGAUCUAAUUCCAGCCAUACACAAGCUGAUUCCCAUUAUACUAUGGAUUAUGCUAGCAAAUACCGCAUGUCGUACGAUUGCAGCUAUUCCGUUUCCGGAAGAAAUGCUGGUUCUCCAAGAUGUCAAACGGAGCGUACGAUGCCUCCGGUUGCUCAGAAAAAGCAUCAAAUGUUUGCAAAACGAUAUUUUCAAGAACAAGGAACUGGUUCGCCUCUCGGAGCUACAGCACAUCCGACAACUCCAAUGAAGUACGAAUAUGAUUCUCAUACAGUUGGCGCUGGAGCACCGGGAAAUGCUUAUUCUGGACCGAUCGAGGGUGCAACUGGACCUCAACCUGAAAUAAAAUAUAGUUGUAGUGUAGAUUUCAGUCGGCAUCAAUCAGGACGUUCAGCUAUAGAACAUGUUCAUCAUAAUCAUACGUAUCAUUUACCCGCAGAAAGUUCUGGAUCUCUUCAGCGUCCAGUUUCUCGUGAUAAAAAAGUGCGUAAAAACGAUGGUGAAGAGCAUCUAACUAGAGAUGAGAAAAGAGCAAGAGCAUUGAACGUUCCUAUUCCGGUGAACGAUAUUAUUAAUCUUCCAAUGGAUGAGUUUAACGAACGUCUUAGUAAAUAUGAUCUCAGUGAAGCUCAAUUAUCUUUGAUACGUGACAUUAGAAGACGGGGCAAGAAUAAAGUUGCCGCCCAAAAUUGUCGUAAGCGUAAACUAGAUCAAAUCAUUAGUCUCGCUGAUGAAGUGAAAGAAAUGAGGGAUCGUAAAAUGAGGCUCGUUCGUGAACGAGAAUUUAUGCUUAUAGAAAGACAACGCGUGAAAGAUAAAUUUAGUCAACUUUAUCGUCAUGUAUUUCAAUCCUUGCGCGAUCCUGAUGGUAAUCAAUAUCAUCCGUACGAAUAUAGUCUUCAACAAUCUGCCGAUGGGAAUGUAUUGUUAGUGCCAAGGAAUCAGACGAAUCCUCAUCAUCCCCGUUCUACGACAAUGGAACCAAAAACGAAACCUGAUCCUGAACAUAAGGAAUGAAUUUAUCGAAAAGUUAAAAA